AUACACACAUGCGCCACGGUCUGUCACAGCAUUGUCCGUCGUGUCCUCAGCAGUUUGAGUGCCACCGCGAUGGCCACACCGGCCACCACACCCACACCAUCACUCAACACCCGCGGGUCACCAGGCAGCCAGAAGGCAGACCCGCACGAUGAGGAACCCUUUUGCACCUCGCCCUGACACACACUCACACACACAGACAUCAAUCCGCAGAGGAUCCAUUCAUUCAUCUAAGUACGCAGUCUAUAGCCCAGAAUGUCGCUCUGUGGUUGCUGACCUUGAUCUGAUCCCGCAGCCUCUGCAGCUCCCGCACACCGCCCAUACCCACGUGGCCGUUGCCUAUCAUCGACUCACACCCGGCCAGCUGCACACACCAACAAAGGCCACCAAACAGCUAGCUGCUGCAGACAUCCAUGCGCCGAGUCCUGUUGUUCACACAUGGCUGGCCGACCUUGAGCUGUGCGCGCAGGGCGGCGAAGAAGGCAUCAGCGGAAGGCCAGUAGUUUGUCGAGUAAGAGGGCUGCAGGUCCCACGAGUACAGACCCUAUAUGUAGGUCACACACACACACACACACACGCACGCACUUCUACAUCAUGGCGGCGCGUGUGAUGUGUUUGCCCCACCGACCACUAGCACCGCCGCGCUGUACACAAAGGGUAGGGGGACCAAGGGAGCUGCAGCAUAGCGGCCGAGCACUGUGGCCCCGAUGGCGAGUGCGUAUAGGGCCGGCUGGCUGCCCAUCAAAGGCGGAGAGUCGCCACGCAUAUGCUGCAGUGACACAGCCACGCCAUUGCACAGCACAGUGGACCCUGAACACGUACACACACACGCACGAUCAUGAGCUCAAAUGAAGCGCAUAACACGUGGCUGUCUGGCUCGACACACCGACCGGCAAACGUGGCGAGAAGCGCAGCGGUGCCGACAGUUCUUUCCCACAGGGCGGCAGCCAGUCCUCCAAUGAGCAACCUGGUGGCCGUCACCGCAGUCACGCCACCAAAGUGCGCCCGGUCGUCGGGAACAGAAGGGCCACCGAGAGUGAGUGAGCAGCUCAGCAGGCGAUACAGCUGACGGGCGUCCAUAAUGCCCCUUCCCUCUCCCCCGAUCCCCAGCAGCUGUGGGUGCAAAGCCAUCCCCCUCGCCCACGCCACACAGGCGUCUACACUCCUCUCCAGCUCAUCCACAGACCGGCAGCGGCUCACCGCCCUCUCACUCGCCCACCCAAGCCCAGUACAGAGGGCUAUCAGGCCCACCAACCCGCACCACACGUACCCGCUGCCAGCCGGCCACUCGAUGCCCGUCCUUCGCUGCUGGUCCCUCAGCCAUUUCGUCAGUGAGGCAUCUGCUGACAAGGCAGCGGAUGGCCGCGUGGCCUUCUCAAUGGGCUCCAAGGCCUUCAUCACAGCGCGCAGGACGUCUUGCGGGCCGAAGAAUCUCGUGCCCGUCGGCGACUUGGGUGAGUAGUUGGGGUGGUCGGGGGUGAAGACCUCAGGCAGAGCGGAUGAAGCAGCGACAGCGGGCCCCUUUGCGGCAGAUGACGUUGCUGAUGAUCUGACGAUGGGUAUGAACUGUCUGCUGCGCUGCCGGUGGGCCUGCUGCCUGGCCCGCUCCGUCGCCCACUCUUUUCUCUGCCGCCGCCGGUCGCUGCGGUGCGUCAGCCACCACCGCACCACCUCGAGCAGCUGCUUGGUGCUGCCGACCACCGGCACCUUGUAGAGCCGCCCACGCCACCUCCUGAGCACAAAAUCCACUCCGUCUGGAAAGGCCAUGUACCCGUUCUCAACCAUCCACUGCCUCUGCGGGUCGCUGAGGAAGGCGGCCUUGUCGACAGUCUGCCACCAGAGGCCCCUUUGGCGGAUCUUCGCAAGGCUGAGGGCGUCCCAGAUCUUGCGGAAGACUGCGGCUGGUGAGUGUGCGAAGAGGUACUCAUCGAACGACUGGAGGGACCUGCUGUCGGGCUGCUGCCACUUGGAGGAUGACGGCGGGGAGGGGGAGGCGAGCAGCCGCCUGCUGGCUGACAGGAAGGCACGCUGCUGAUGGGUCAGGGAGGACGGCGGCAGCUGAAAUCGCUGGAAUGAUGAGUAACGGUGCAUCAUGAGCAUCUCUAAAUGGCAGAUCUGCUUCAUUGGAAGCUUGGCAUCG